AUGGCCCCCGCCCACCCGCGCCUGGCGGCCCUCAGCGUGCUCCAGUGGGUGUUCACCUUCCUCUUCUUCGGCAUCUUCUUCACGAGCCUCCUGGUCGGCCUGCUCUUCACCUCAUACUGGUCUAUCACAGUCCUCUACUGUGCUUGGUGGAUCAUGGACUGGGAGACCCCAGAGCGAGGUGGCCGCCGAAGCGACUGGAUGAGGAAGUGGCAUCUCUGGCGGCUCCACAGGGAUUAUUUCCCCAUCAAGCUGGUGAAGACGGCUGAGCUGCCCCCCACCCGGAACUACGUGCUGGGCUCCCACCCCCACGGCAUCAUCUGUGCAGGAGCUUUCUCUGCCUUCUGCACAGAGGCGACGGACUUCUCUCGGACCUUCCCUGGCCUCAAGUCCCACCUCGGCCUCCUCAGCGGGCUCUUCCACAUGCCCGUGUACCGCGAGUACAUGAUGAGCUCAGGGAUGGUGCCGGUCAGCAAGCGGUCGCUGGACUUCGUGCUGCGGGGGGGCCCGGGCCACGCCGUGGUCAUCGUGGUGGGCGGCGCGGCCGAGUCGCUGAACUGCGCGCCCGGCGAGCAGCGGGUCCUUCUGCAGGGCCGGCGCGGCUUCGUGCGCCUGGCGCUGCAGCACGGGGCCGACCUGGUGCCGGUGUACUCCUUCGGCGAGACGGACAUCUUCCGGCAGCUGCAGCUGGCCGAGGGCAGCCUGGGCCGGCGGCUGCAGCGCGCCUUCCAGGAGCGCGCCGGCUUCGCGCCCUGCCUCUUCCGCGGCGCCUCCUGGGGGCUCCUGCCCUUCGCCGCCCCCAUCACCGUCGUGGUGGGGACGCCCAUCCCGGUGCCGCGCCGUCCGUCGCCCACGGAGGAGGAGGUCGCCCACUACCACCGGCUCUACGUGGCGGCCCUGCGCGCCCUCUUCGAGGCCCACAAGGGCCGCUGCGGCCUCGACCCCUCGGCCCAGCUCGUCGUCAUGUAG